AUGUCUCAAUCGACUAGCACGCAAGCCAAUGGCACACCCGUGCCGAACAAGGCGUCAGAAGUGGGAUGGCUCUUUGUGCCCCAGUACUAUACGUUCAUGAACAAGGACCCUUCGCGUCUCCACUGCUUCUACACGAAGAAAAGCACGAUGGUGCAUGGCACUGAAAACGAAGACAUCACGCCCAGUGUGGGCCAACAGGCGAUCCACGAGCGGGUGAAUACGAUCGGCUUCGAAGAUACCAAGGUGUACGUGUCGAAUGUCGACAGCCAGUCGUCCGCCGACGGCGGCAUCGUGAUCCAGGUGCUGGGCGAGAUGUCGAACAAGGGCGGCAAGUGGCGCAAGUUUGCCCAGACCUUUUUCCUGGCGCAGCAGCCGAAUGGCUUUUACGUCCUGAAUGACAUCUUCCGCUACCUGAAGGACGAUGACGACGAGAAGGACGAGGCGCGCGAGGACGAGCCCCAGGCGGAUGAAGCGGCGCCCGUCAGUGUCGCUGACACGCCCGCUGCGCGUGAAGCGACCGAGGCGUCGCAGCACGCCGCUCCCGCGAAGGACGAGGCGAAGCCCGCCGCGCCUGCGCCGGCCGAGCCCGCGGCCCACGCCGAGCCCAAAGAGGCCCCGGCCGCGCCGCCCAAGACGUGGGCCAACCUCGCCGCGAGGGGCGCGAACCGCUGGGGCCACACGGCUUCCGAGGCGCGUGGCUCAUCCGAGGCCGGGGCCCAGGCGACGUCCACGGCGGCGGCCGCCCCCGAGGCCAAGCCGGCCUCGGCGCCCGCCAAGCCCGCCGCGCCCCCCGCUCGUGGCCAACAAGGUCACGUGUUCAUCAAGAAUGCGGCGGGCGUGGCGCAGGACGAGUUGCGCCAGUCGCUCGAGGCUCAGUUUGGCGCGCUGAAGGAGUGCCAGCUGAAUGCGGCCAAGGGCUUUGCGUUUGCCGAGUUUGUCGACGCAGACAAGGCGCGCCGCGCGAUCCAGACGAGCAGCUCGCAGAAUGGCGUGCGCGUCGGCGCAGCGACGGUGCUGAUUGAAAAGCGCCGACCCGGACACGCGGCGGGCGGCGGACACCGCGGCGGCCGUGGCGGCCAUCGCGGUGCGAGUCGCUCCUAA